GAGGGUCAUCAGCCCACAGCUCCAGUGAAGGUUGAUGUUUUUAUUAUUAUAACUGACUGGAGGUGAACGCUGCAGCUGUGCUGACGGUGACGUCCGUUAAUAACACAGUUAUUAUCCUGUAACGACAGAUUCAACGUCAGUCCAACUGAUCCCACAGAGGAAUAAAGGAGUGUUCCAAAGUGUUACUACUAAACACCUGUUCCAUCACUGUCCUGAUUGGUCGGUCACGUGAUGCGUUUGUGUCUUCUCCAGAGAUCGUCCGGGCCAUGACGUACGUCAUCAACCAAGGAAUGGCGAUGUACUGGGGCACGUCUCGAUGGACGGCCAUGGAAAUCAUGGAGGCGUACUCUGUGGCCAGACAGUUUAACCUGAUCCCCCCCGUCUGUGAGCAGGCCGAGUACCAUCUCUUCCAGAGGGAGAAGGUUGAAGUGCAGCUUCCUGAGCUCUAUCACAAGAUUGGCAAGUUAAACGACAGUCAGAACGCCGCCGCCGCCGCGCGAUUCUGACGGUUUUU